GGAGGCACGAGGCGGAGAGCGGAGAGGCGUUCCGUUCCAUCCAAGCGGACAGCAACGACCAACGAGCUCUCCAGUCUUCACUCUCCAAGGCGGCGGGCGGCGGCGCACGGGCACCUCCUGCCUAUACCCUACCGUGCACUCCCCCUGCGCUGCGCUCUUCUCACCGCCGCCAGAAGGCCUCCGCCUGUCUCUCUUUCUCUCUCCAUCGCAUGGCUCUCGCGUGCGCCACUCACGCGCGCCGCUUCCUCCUCGCCGGUCCGGCGAGAUCUUUCCACGCCCAGCCCUACCAAGCCAAGGUCGGCGUGGUGGAGUUCCUGAACGGCGUCGGCAAGGGGGUGGAGGCGCACGCCGCGAAGCUGGAGGAUGCUGUGGGCGGCGACCUCCAGAGGCUCCUCGAGACCCGCACGCUGCGGCUCAAGAAGCUCGGCAUCCCCUGCAAACAUAGAAAGUUGAUUUUGAGUUUUGCUCAUAAGUACCGUCUUGGUCUCUGGAAGCCCCAGGCAGAUCCCAGGAAAGUUGAAUAAAGUUGGUUUGUUUUUGAAAGAUAGUCUACUGUUAUACGGAAGCAUGUUUGGGACGUUGAAUAGUUGCUUUGUAAUUUGGGGGCCGCAAAUCUUUGUUCCCUGGCUCUGGCCAUGCUUGUUUGCAACCAUUGCACAAACUUCUAGAAAAAAUCCAACUUCGUGUGUGCGUGGUUUUGUUCUUUUGUAAUAACAAACCUUAACAGGCGCAGUCCCUAUGUCUGUAUUUUUCCUUAGGUUUCUUUUCAACAACAUUGCAGUUUUGUGAAUGGUAAUCUUAAGCAAAUUGUUUACUUUUCAUUAGAGUACCAGUCACCUUAUAUGUAAACAAGUUAACCAUGUUGUAAUUGUAAUGCUAUAGAAGUUUUUGUGGUUC